AUGCAGACAGACGGACGAGACGCCUGCGCCGCGGCGGAAAAAGCCACGCCUGUUCUGGAAUUCGGACGCCAAAAUUGGGGCGCACUGAUUUUAAUUGUCUUUUUUUGCGCGCGCGCUCGCGCCCAAAACAGCUUCCGACGGCGCUUCGAGACAGGCAGGAAUGUCUCUGGCGGCAACGGCUCCGACCAGCGAGAGGGCUCUUGGCGUCGUUCGGCUGCCCCGGCCGUUGUGCGUGCGUGCGUGCGUGUGUGUGUGUGGUCCGUUCUGCUGCUGCUGCUGCUGCUGCCGCUGCUUCUGUUUUUGUCAGCAGCAGCCCUGUGA